AUGUCUCUGUACACCGCUGUUCAACCAGUCUUUCGUCUGACCCAAGACAACCAGUCUUUCUUGACCACAACUUACCUCCGCAGUUCUACUAUCCAACCUCCGCACAGGGAAAUCCUCCAAGUACAGACUUCCACUUCUCUGACAUCACCUCUACCUCAACAACCAUGGCAUGCUGAAGCCCUUCCUGAACCUGCAUACUAUGCAGGUAUAGAUCUGAAUGGUUACCAACCGCCGAUGUCUCCCUAUACCGCUGUUCAACCAGCCCGGUCAUCUGACCUAAUGCCAUCGGUCUUUUUCGACUACAACUUGCCUCCGCCAUUCCACUAUCCAGCCUCUCCUAUGCUUUAUCAGCCGCUGUCACCUACGAAUCCAUCGCUCUCUCCCAUGGGUUAUCCUCCUCAGCCAGAUUACGGGAACCAAAUGCUCAAUAUGUACGGUAGUAGGCCUGGGUUUAGUAUGAUGGCCUGUGGAGAUCGCCGAUUCGAAACCCAAGAAGCACCCUCGUUUAAGAUCCUACAUGCCUUUCGUUUGGCAAAAGGCAAGAAAUGGAAGCUCAAGAACCUCAAAGGUCAUAUCGUCGAAUUCAGCACUGAUCAACAUGGAUCACGUUUCAUUCAAACCGAGCUCAAUAAUGCCACAAGUGAAGAAAUCCAGAUCGUAUUUGAUGAAAUCGUCCCCGACAAUACGUUACAUCUAAUUCAAGAUGUUUUCGGUAAUUACGUAAUUCAGAAGCUACUGGAGCAUGGUACACAGGCCCACAAAGACGCUCUUGUUGGUGCCAUGGAAGGCCAUAUCAUCUACCUAUCAUCCAAUGUCUAUGGCUGCUACGUCGUGCAAAAAGCUUUUGAAUGUGUAACUCCAGAGCAGCAAGCCAAGUUUGUCCAAGAACUCGAGCCCCAUAUUCUCAGAUGUGUCAGAGACUCGAACGGGAACCAUGUCAUUCAGAAGGUUAUCGAACGAGUUUCCCCUGACCGACUUGGUUGCAUUUCAACAUUUGUCGGCCACGCCCAUGAGCUCGCUUCUCAUCCAUUUGGCUGUCGUGUCUUGCAACAGUGUCUCCGUCACCUUCCCGAACCAUACACCCGGCCACUUCUCGAUGAACUGCUCAAAGGUCAUACUGCUAAUCUCAUGCAAGAUCAAUUUGGCAACUAUGUUGUCCAGUCCAUCCUGGAGAACGGAUUGCCCCACGACCGAUCAUCCAUCAUUACUCAGCUUCGUGGGUGCAUGUUAUCAAUGGCUUGCCAGAAGUUCGCCUCCAAUGUCUGUGAGAAGGCGAUGAUCUUUGCCGACUCAGAUGGUCGCAAGGCAAUAAUCGAAGAGCUAAUGGGACCAGCUUUGCGACCUAAUGGCCCGACGCCAAUUGGGUUGCUCAUGAAGGAUCAAUAUGGCAAUUAUGUUCUCCAACGAGCGCUUGCCGUAGCGGAAGGCAAGCAGAAAGAAGCCCUAACCAAUGCCAUACAUCCUCAACUGGCUACUAUGCGCAAACAUGCGACUGCUUACAGCAAACAUCUUACCUCUAGUUCGAUUCUCGCUCAUUUUCUUUGUAUUUUUAUGUUAAUCUUCCCUAUAGUCGAACGGGAAUUGCAGAAACACGCACCCAAGCCCGAUUGUGCAUAA